AUGCUCUCUCUCUCUCUCUCUCUCUCUCUCUCUCUCUCUCUCUCUCCAUAUAUAUGCGAUGUCCACAUGGAAAUUGGAAGUGGUGACCACCUCUCUUCAAUAAACGAUGAAAACGAAGAAGAAUUGUUGACCAACGAGGAAGAAUACAUUGAAGAUUUUGUAGAUUAUGGAUACACAAUAGAAGACGAUGAUAUCGAUGUUUACGUGUACAAGCCGCCGAUUGAAUUGAAAAGAGGUACAACUGGAGUAUUUGACCUGGAAGAUUUGAUAACUGUCUUGAAAGAUGAAAAAGCCAUAGACAUUUGUGUGAUAGAUGUUCCAAAAAGCAAGAAUUAUGUUGACUACAUGGUUAUUGUCAGUGGGAAAUCAGCAAGACAUAUAAAAUCUAUGGCUCAAAAUAUCAGAUGGCUGUAUAAACAGAAGAAACACAAGAGUGACCCAUUUAUAAAGAUUGAAGGUCUUAAUACCAAUAAUUGGUUAGCCAUUGACUUGGGAAAUGUCGCUCUACACAUCUUUUUACCACAAAUCCGUGAGAAAUAUGACUUAGAAACAUUAUGGACAGUUGGUGAUAUGUAUGAUGAUGAUAACCUGGAAUUGGAUGACCCUUACGCUAUGAAGGAUCGUCCAUUACAAGAAACAAACGAAGAAGUAAUAGAGAAUAAAGAUGAAAAAAAUGUAUCACCUGUAAUUAAAGUGGAGGACAUCCAGCCUUGCCCAAUCGAGUUUUCCUUUCUGACUACCUCAGAUUUUCUUUCCUUUUUCUUCUUUAUCUUUAUCAUUUGUUUCCUCUUUCUUUUUCUUUCUAACAAUUGUUUCUUCUUUUUCUUUAUUCUAUUUCCUCUUGCUCUCUCCACCCCUUCUUACUUCUGUUUUAUUUUUUUUUUUAUUUCUUCCUUUUCUUUUCAGCCUCCAUCUUCCUCUUCCUUUUGUUCCUAUCUUUCUCUUUUAUUCCAAUAUCUAUCUAUCUAUCUAUCUAUCUAUCUAUCUAUCUAUUUUAAAGAAAUUCUGAUCACUUUUCCGCUCAAGCAAAUAAGAACUUAA